ACGAAUCACUUCAGCUGUUGGUGUCUGCCCCAGGACGGGCCGGUUGGUUGCACGUCCAUUCGUGUGUCUUCUCCCCACUUGGCAUCCCCUCUCCCGGGAGCCCUGGUUGCGGAGGGGCAGAGGCUGCCGUGAAGUGGCAGAGCUAUGACCUGCAAGAGGACCAUCACCUGCAAGCUGGGAUCCCUGCUCCUCCGGGUCUGUCUACACCCCCGAAUUCAUAGAAGAAAGGAUACUUUGAAGAACUUCUUGUGGUGCUUUAAGAUUGGCCCCCAUAAACUCAUCUAUUGGAAUGUUUGGGAAAGGCGUUAGGAACUGUGGCCUUGUUGGAUUGCUGUGGACUUGAUGGAGGAAGUGUGUCACCGGCGGUGGGUUUCGGAGUUUCAGAUGCCCAAGCGAGACCCACUGGUUCUCUCUCUCUUCCUGCUGCCUGCCAAUCCAGAUGUAGAACGCUCAGCUACCUCUCCAGCACCACGUCUGCCUGCAAGACACCAUGACACCUGCCAUGACAAUAAUGGACUAAACCUGUGAACCUGCUUGGGGACCAGUUCUACAAGGAAGCCAUUGAGCACUGCCGAAGCUACAACUCGAGGCUGUGUGCGGAGCGGAGCGUGCGCCUCCCUUUCCUGGACUCGCAAACAGGAGUGGCUCAGAACAACUGUUACAUCUGGAUGGAAAAGAGGCACCGAGGCCCAGGCCUUGCUCCCGGCCAGCUGUACACGUACCCUGCCCGCUGCUGGCGCAAGAAGCGACGAUUGCAUCCACCAGAGGACCCAAAGCUGCGACUCCUGGAAAUCAAACCUGAAGUGGAGCUGCCCCUGAAGAAAGAUGGGUUUACCUCCGAGAGUACCACCCUGGAAGCCUUGCUUCGCGGUGAGGGAGUGGAGAAGAAGGUGGAUGCCAGAGAAGAGGAGAGCAUCCAGGAAAUACAGAGGGUUUUGGAAAAUGAUGAGAAUGUAGAAGAAGGGAACGAAGAGGAGGAUUUGGAAGAGGAUAUUCCCAAGCGCAAGAAUAGGACCAGAGGACGGGCUCGUGGCUCUGCAGGUGGCCGGAGGAGGCAUGACGCUGCCUCUCAGGAAGACCACGACAAACCAUACGUCUGUGACAUCUGUGGCAAGCGCUACAAGAACCGGCCGGGACUCAGCUACCACUACGCGCACACUCACCUGGCCAGCGAGGAGGGAGAUGAAGCCCAAGACCAGGAGACCCGGUCCCCACCCAACCACAGAAAUGAGAACCACAGACCCCAGAAAGGACCAGACGGGACAGUCAUUCCCAAUAACUACUGUGACUUCUGCUUGGGGGGUUCCAACAUGAACAAGAAGAGCGGGAGGCCGGAAGAGCUGGUGUCCUGUGCAGACUGUGGACGCUCUGGUCACCCAACUUGCCUGCAGUUCACUCUGAAUAUGACCGAGGCAGUCAAGACCUACAAAUGGCAGUGCAUAGAAUGCAAAUCCUGCAUCCUGUGUGGGACCUCAGAGAAUGAUGACCAGCUACUUUUCUGCGAUGAUUGUGACCGAGGCUAUCACAUGUACUGUUUAAAUCCUCCAGUGGCCGAGCCCCCAGAAGGAAGCUGGAGCUGUCAUUUAUGCUGGGAGCUGCUCAAAGAGAAAGCAUCAGCCUUUGGCUGCCAGGCCUAGGCCCCCGGGUCACACAAUGUGACAUGCCACUGGAGAGGCUGAACUGGAGCCCUGCUCAAUCCAGAUGGAGCUCUCCUCCUGAAUAUCCACACAGACCAACUUCGAGGAAAAUGAAUAGUUACAGAAGGGCGUGGACAGGCGGAACCAAGAGGGCACCUGUGGCCUCCUGCCCCAUGUGUGGUACUUCAGCAAGCACGUCCUCAUUUCUACCAGAGGGUACUUGCACUUUUGAAGAACAAUCCAGCCCCAGCCCUGUGGAACCUUUUUCACAUUCACCCUCACAAUCAUCCCUCUCAUCGCUUCCCAUUUUAGAGGAAGCCAUUUGUGUGACUGCUCAUCAAUUACUCGGGUGUUGUUUGGUGGUUUUAUUAUUAUUAUUUUCAAUCUAUUGUGUUUCAAGAACUCUUCACACAGCCUCCUCACCCUUAGCUUAGGCUCUUCAUCCCAAACUCUCACAGAGGAACAAAAACGCCGUGGUAAAGUUGUCACCUAUUACAAGCCUCACUGGAAUCUUCUAUGAUUGGAGGCCAUCUUGAAGACGGAGCUUAGGAACCUCUUGGUUUCCUUGGUCUCUGCUAAGAAGAGGAGGUCUAGUUUUGGAGCCUCAGUUGUGGGGCCCACAGCCGGGAUGGUUCUGAUUCACUGGACCACCACUUGAUAAGGAGUUGAGAGGGCCUGAGGGAUGGGAGGAAAAACUGGGGGCCCACUAUAGCCAGUCAGUAUUUGCUGUUCAUCAAGAGAAACUUUACAAGGGACCGGGUGUUUCCUUGACCUUCAGCACUGUGGUGUCCUUGAGGGGAGACAAGCCACAACCUAUGAACACAGAAAAGUGCUGAAGAUCCUGCCUCCCAACUGAACUGAGUGUGAAGGCCUGGCUCAAUUUCUGCGGGUGGGACUCAAGCUCUGGAGAGGUGGGCAAAGGCUGCCCGUUCAAUGGCCCAGUGUUGGAUAGAAGAGACUGUAGCUUUGAGAAAAACCCUUCAGUAUUGAUGCUGUACUAUGAAUUUCUUUUCUGGGCAAUUUCUUCCUUCCGUGUAGUAUGUGUUUGCCGGUGACUACUGAAAUGUGACUGGAACUUUUAGAAUGGUGGAGAGAUGAUCAUUAUUUAGCCAGAUCAUUGGGCACAAUGAUUACUCGUGACUAGGUGGCAAUGAUUCAGAACCCUUGUCUGCUCUUGUACCCUAAGCUCCCCACAUAUGAGACGGACUCUUGUUUGAAACAAGAGAGUUUCUAGAAGAAAGAGGUAGGGAGGCCUUGGUUCUGAGAACUCUGUGUUGUCGGGAAGACAAGCCUCGGGGGCUGGAGUAGGUUGGGCUGUCUUUGAAUCGCAGCAGCAGCGUGAUAACUGACACAUUUCUGGAAAAAUCAUUUGCCCAAAGGGCAGGUCUCCGUGAGCAGGACCCUCGCGCAUGCUCGGCUUCCCUGAAAUCGGCCCCAUUGCUGUGGUCCAGCAGCUUGCAACAAAGGCCUGGGUUAUUUUUAGUCUUCAGCUCCUGAAGAAGCCCCUGGGGACCGGGCUGGCUGGGCCCCUCUGCCCAGCUGCAGCACUGCCUCUGCCACUCUGCAGGAAUCUCCCUCCGCCCCUGGCUAAUUGCUCUUGGCAUGUGGACCUAGGGCACUCCGGCAUGGAGCCAAGUGGUGUGCUCCUUCCCCUCCCCCAAACUCCUUUGCAGAGUGACCUGUGGCAAGAGCGUGGGGGUCACUCUCCUGCAGGCCCUGUGGCCUCAGAGCUGGUUACAUGCAUAUGAAAUGAUCUCAUUUAAAGGGCUUCUGUCCAGACAGCGGACAGCGUUUCUCUCCUCGCAAGCUCUCUUCUUCCUCAGGCUGGUUGCUGCGCCUGUGUAGAUUCUAAAGGCCCAGGGACAGAAUGGCCCAUCUCCACAGAGUGGGACAUCCUCUCUCUGAACUCUGCUGCUUCUCUCUUUCCAUAAAACCUAAAGCAGAGACUCCUCAAAGGCUAAUUACUUUUUUGGGGGAUUCACAUUAAAUUAA